AAGUCUUUGCCAUCAUCUCAUGUUUCUUUGAAAGAGAUCAUCACUCAGUGGAAACAGACUUACUCACAAAUUCCAAAACAAAAGGCCAUAGAAACCAAGAGAGGCACUCCAGGAAAGCUCAGAAUUCCUGACCCCAAGAGCAGCUCUGAGAGCUCAGAGGAGGAAGAAGCAACACAAACCAUAAAAACUAAUCUGCGUGGGAAUAACAGCACCAAGCCAACAGUAGCUAAAGAAAAGAGUAGCAGCGAAGAUUCAUCUUCAGAUUCAUCUUCAGAAGAGGAAGCAGUUGCCAAGAAGACUCUUUAAAGAGGGCGAGGAGCACAAGCAAAGGCUCGAGUGAUGAUUCUGACUCUGAGGACGAGACAAAAGCACCAACAGUCCAGAUUAAAACAGCUGUGAAAAAUUCCCCAAUCACUAGUCCACUGCUGAGCAAGUCACCAGUCACUCCUGGCACUUGUGCAAGAAAUACUGUAAAGGUAACCGCAGCAAAGCCAGCCAGUGCAAAAUCUGGAAAUGCAAACAGAAGCCCAGAAUCAACAGACACUUCAGAAACUGACUCAUCAGCUAGUGAGACUAAAGCACCUGCUUCAGCAUCACAGGCCUCCAAAGCACCAGGGAAAAAUGCAGCAUCAAGUCCAUCAAAGAAGGCAGUUUCUGCUUCUAUUCCAUCAAAAUCCACUCCGAAGGCCACUGCAACCCACUUAUCAAAACCACCACCUCCUUCAAAAGAAGCCGAGAGCUCAGGCAGUAGUGAAUCAUCAUCUGAGAGUGACAGUGAGACUCCGCCAGUUCCCAUAAGUCAGAAGGCCUCCACAGCACCAGGGAAAAAUGCAGCAUCAAGUCCAUCAAAGAAGGCAGUUUCUGCUUCUAUUCCAUCAAAAUCCACUCCGAAGGCCCCUGCAACCCGCUUAUCAAAACCACCACCUCCUUCAAAAAAAGCCGAGAGCUCAGGCAGCAGCGAAUCAUCAUCUGAGAGUGACAGUGAGACUCCGCCAGUUCCCAUAAGUCAGAAGAGAUUGUCAACUCCAAGCGCUUCUGUGAGGACCAAACAAAAUCAGGCCAAUCAGCCUGGGGUCCUACCCAAAGCUUCACCAGGUGCUUUGAAGGAGAAGGAAGCACAGAAUGAAAGCAGCAGUUCCUCUGACAGUGAGGAUGAAUCUGACGUUACACCAAGCAAAUUGCCAGCACUAUCUACCCCCAAAGCAACUCCUGCAGCUCAAAGUGUAUGUACAGUGAAGCCUCAGCCUCCAAAGGGACCACAUCAGAAAGCCGAGCAGAGUGAAGAUAGCAGUGAAGAUUCAAGUGAUGACUCUGACUCGGAGGAAGAUGGAGCGGCCACUCAGCCUCCUAUUCACCCUUUUUUUAAACUGGUGGCUGGCAAAGUAGCCGUUUCUUCAGGAAAGAGUGUACAGGCUAACUUAAGUACAUCUAGUGCUGUUUCCGACAAACCCCAGGGAUCUGCCACAAAAGCAACAGGGAAGAAAGAACAAAUCCCCUCCUCAAAGGUUAAACUGAGCCAGGGACAGGCUCUGACUGCUAAGCCCUCUGGAAUCACCGUACCUGAGAGCUCCUCAGACAGCAGUGAAGAAGAAGAAGAAGAAGCUUCGACAACAGCCAAGCCUCCGACACAGCCUGCCACCCAGCAGAAACAAGAGGCAAAAAAAGAAUCAGAGAGCUCAUCUGAGGAGUCCAGUGAUGACGAACAAGAAGCUUCUCAGUCUCUCUUAACAGCAAGCCCUCUGGUCUCCAAACAGGGUUCUGUCAGUGCUCAAGCAAAGUCAUCUGGGAUGCCAGCUCCUGCUGACAGAGCAUCAUCAACUGACAGCUCUUCAAGUGAUAGCGACGAUGGGGAAACUCUCACAGCAAAAAAAGAGAUCACUUCGUUGCCUUCUUCUGGAAAGGAAGCAACAGCUGCUAAGGGAAAGGAGGCAAAGAAACAGGGCCUGAAGAGCACCAGCUCCAAGAAAGCUGCAGCAAAGGCUCAGAGCAAUGGCCAAGCCCAAGAGACCUCUGCCGUACAGUUGCCAGAAUCACUUGCCGCAUUGUUCAAAGCUCCCCUUGGGAACAAAGAAAAGGACACGGAACAAGGAAACCCAGAAGGUACCCAGGCAAAGUCCAAGACCUCGAAAAAUGUAAAGAAAGAGAAGCCAUCCAAGAAACGGAAACUGACAGAUGGGGAUACUGGCCCUUCAAAGGGCAAGAAGCGAAAAAUGCAGAGCGCGGAAGAGUUAAAGUUAAAAAAGAAGAAAAAGAAAGCCAAGUCUUCAGACAGCAUCAAAUCAACAAAGAAAAAAGACAGCAAAGAAAAGAAGUCUGAUAAAAAGAAAAAGAAGAGCAAAAAUGUGGAGAGACUUGAUGCAGAUGGGUCACAGAAGAAAAAGAAGAAAAAGAAGAAAACGGAUAGCCUUCCAGAAGAGGCAUGAACAUUGGCUUUAUCAUUCAACCUGAAGAAUGGAAUACAUUAAUUAGAAAAUAAUUAUUCAUUUAUAUUUUUAAACAACAAAACCAAAUGUCAGAGAUUGAAUUUAAUUUAUAACUAUUUUUACUGAUGACUUUUAAAGCUAAGAAACUGUGAGCUUCAAGUAACCGGGAUAUGGGCUUGAUAGAAGAAUUCAGCUUGUAUCAUUAAAUGAAAUGAUCUGGAUGUCUGAAGAGGUCGCUCAGAAGAGUCAAAGACAAAAAGUUGGCUUUGUUUACUGAAAAUUUUUUACAUUGCUGUUUCUCCUUCGUUUCUUCUCUUCCUCGACACUUAAAAGUUAUAUUUUUAAAGGAACACCCUCAUCCCUUCCCUCCUGCUAUUUUUUUUUAAAUCAACUUUUUAUUUUCAUUUUCAAGAAGGGGCAUCCUUUGUCUCUCUUUAUGUCCAGCACGUUCAAAAUUGUGUUGUCUCUGGAUUGGCUUUCUGUCUCAUCCUUCCUCUUUUUAUUAAUAAAAGAUAAAAGGUUUUGACUG